AUUUUUUCAGUGCAGUUCGAUUGUUCGAACAGUAAAAAAAAAAAAAAAAAGCAUCUCUAACUGAUUUAUUUAAGUACCAUUUUCAUUUUCUGCAGGCACUACAAUUCCAGAAUUCCUCUUCAUAGAAAGGAUCCGCAACUUUUUAAACCUCUCUUACGUUUGUUUCCCGGGAAAGUGAUAGAAAAUUUUUUCAGUGUUUGGUUCUCUGUUGUGUUGGAAGCUUAAGGUGCGCUCUGCCGAAGCAAAACCAGAGACAUUUUUGCUGUAUGUCAGUAGCAUACUACACUGAAAAUUACUACGGUGGAUACGGUGAGCUUGCUAACCCUUUACAAUGGCCACAACUCAGGAAAAAGCGACGCCUUUUUACAUCAACCCCGCCGUCACCGCCGACAAGAUCGACAACAAGAACGGCAAGCCUUCACCCCCUGCCAAGGGCGUCUUGCAAAAUUGGAGCCUUGCCGGCUCUGACCCGUCUCAGGAUCUGACCCGAAAGACACCCUCCAUGGCGACCUUGAUCCGCCCUGUUGAGCCUCUCUCUGAUCCUCCUCCUACUAAGACUGCUGUUCCCACCAAAGGAGUUUCAAUUAUGUCAAGGGCUCAAACCAGUCAUCCUUUGGACCCUCUGUCAGCUGCAGAAAUCUCAGUGGCAGUUGCAACUGUUCGAACUGCUGGGAAAACCCCUGAGGUGCGAGAUGGCAUGCGCUUUAUUGAAGUGGUUUUGGUUGAACCAGAUAAGCAUGUUGUUGCAUUGGCAGAUGCAUAUUUCUUCCCUCCAUUCCAGCCAUCAUUACUUCCCAGGACAAAGGGUGGGCCUGUGAUUCCUACUAAACUUCCUCCAAGGCAAGCGAGACUUGUUGUCUAUAACAAGAAGUCAAAUGAGACUAGUGUGUGGAUUGUUGAACUAUCUGGGGUUCAUGCUACAACUCGAGGUGGCCACCAUAGGGGCAAAGUUGUUUCAUCUAAAGUUGUUCCAGAUGUCCAACCUCCCAUGGAUGCCGUGGAAUAUGCUGAGUGUGAGGCUCUAGUUAAGGACUUUCCUCCAUUUCGGGAGGCUAUGAAGAAAAGGGGCAUUGAGGAUAUGGAACUUGUGAUGGUUGAUCCCUGGUGUGUAGGAUAUCAUAGUGAGGCUGAUGCUCCUAGUCGGAGACUUGCUAAACCACUAAUAUUCUGUAGAACAGAGAGUGACUGCCCUUUGGAGAAUGGUUAUGCUCGUCCGGUUGAAGGAAUUCAUGUACUUGUUGAUAUGCAAAAUAUGGUGGUGAUUGAGUUUGAAGACCGCAAGCUUGUCCCUCUCCCACCAGCUGAUCCAUUGAGAAAUUACACUGCUGGUGAAACUCGAGGAGGUGUUGAUAGGAGUGAUGUGAAACCACUACAAAUCAUUCAACCUGAAGGUCCUAGUUUCCGGAUAGAUGGACACUUUGUGCAAUGGCAGAAGUGGAAUUUCCGCAUUGGUUUUACUCCUCGAGAGGGUUUGGUGAUCUAUUCUGUUGCUUAUGUUGAUGGUAAUCGUGGUCGGAGGCCUGUGGCUCACAGAUUAAGUUUUGUUGAGAUGGUAGUCCCAUAUGGAGAUCCAAAUGAUCCACAUUACAGAAAGAAUGCUUUUGAUGCUGGAGAAGAUGGACUGGGCAAAAAUGCGCAUUCACUUAAGAAGGGUUGUGAUUGUGUGGGAUAUAUCAAGUACUUUGAUGCUCAUUUUACAAAUUUCACUGGAGGUGUUGAAACAAUAGAGAAUUGUGUCUGUUUGCAUGAAGAGGAUCAUGGAAUCUUGUGGAAGCAUCAAGACUGGAGAACUGGUUUAGCAGAGGUUCGAAGGUCAAGAAGGCUAACAGUGUCAUUUAUAUGUACUGUGGCUAACUAUGAGUAUGGGUUCUUCUGGCACUUUUACCAGGAUGGUAAGAUUGAAGCCGAGGUUAAACUCACUGGAAUUCUCAGCUUGGGAGCACUGCAACCUGGAGAAGGAAGAAAGUAUGGCACCACAAUUGCACCUGGAUUAUAUGCACCGGUUCAUCAACACUUCUUUGUGGCUCGCAUGGACAUGGCAGUUGAUUGUAAGCCUGGGGAGUCAUUCAAUCAAGUUGUUGAAGUGAAUGUUAAAGUUGAAGAACCGGGAAAGGAUAAUGUUCAUAACAAUGCCUUUUAUGCAGAAGAGGAACUGCUUAGAUCUGAACUUCAAGCAAUGCGUGACUGUAAUCCGUUGACUGCCCGCCACUGGAUUGUUAGAAACACAAGAAAUGUCAAUCGGACUGGCCAGCUAACAGGUUACAAGCUAGUACCAGGUUCAAAUUGUUUACCUUUGGCUGGUUCUGAGGCAAAGUUCCUAAGAAGAGCUGCUUUCUUGAAACAUAAUCUUUGGGUCACACCCUAUGCCCGUGAUGAAAUGUAUCCUGGAGGAGAGUUUCCUAAUCAAAACCCUCGUGUUGGUGAGGGAUUAGCCACUUGGGUUAAGCAAAAUCGCCCCCUUGAAGAAGCUGAUAUUGUUCUUUGGUAUGUUUUUGGGGUGACUCAUAUUCCUAGGCUGGAAGACUGGCCUGUCAUGCCAGUGGAUCGCAUUGGAUUCAUACUGAUGCCUCAUGGUUUCUUUAAUUGCUCACCAGCAGUCGAUGUCCCUCCAAGUGCUAGUGACAUGGAUCUAAAGGAGAAUGAGAUCGCAGCUAAGCCUGUUCAGAAUGGAAUAAUUGCUAAACUUUAAAAACCAUACUUCAUGGCAUUUUAGUUCUGGUUAUGUUAGCCAAUAAUCAAGCCAUUUCCCGCAUUAGGUAAAUGAUACUCGAGUAUGGUUUGGACUAGUAACUAUGAUUACUAUGUGUAAAUGUUACUCUUGUUAAAUUGGGAAGAGACGAUCUCUAGACAAUGUAUGGAUCCAUUAUGGAAAUUAGGUUUUGUUUGGUUUGUUGAAUGCUAAAGACCCUAGAUUGAAAAAAGUUAUUGCACUUUUUAUAAUUAUUGAUGGAAAGACGGAUUCUCUUUAUUAGAGGUAUACUUUUUUAAUAGUAAUUAAAAAUAAUGCAGUUCA